AUGUUAAAAUAUAAUUUCUGUACAUGUUUUAAUAUUCUUGUGAAUAUUUUACUUGAUAAUUACAAGUCUAAUGAGAAGGAGAGACUGAAGAUGAGAAAUGCGGUUCUGGAGGAGAGUGUGACGUCGUACAAGUUGGAGUGUAAAGCCAGCAGGGGGACGGUGCUGAGGCUGGAAGAGGAGCUGGACCAAGAGAGGUGGAAGGUAGUCAGCAAUGCUACAGAUCUGCAUUCACUCAAAAAGGAAACGGAAAGUCUGGCAGUAGGAAGGAGGAAUGUUGAGUAUGAGAAGCAGACUUGCCUUGAAGCCAGCAGGACAGUGAUUGAAGCAGCCAGGCGAGAGUCACACUGUUUGGAGAAACAGGUAGAGGAUCUUCAGGCCAAGGCUCAGGCGGCAGAGGAAAAACUUCAGCUGUUUCUGGAAAGAGUGGCUAAACUGCUGCAGGGGAAGCCAGAGAGCUUUAUUUCACCCUCAAAGGGUGAUAUUCUACAGGAACUGGACAAAUUGUGCAAUGAGACUUUAUCAGACAUGGAGUCUGGGCUACAUUCUGCCUCUGAGGAGCUGGAAAAGCAGACGAAGCUGCAGUGCAGCACUCUGCAGAGUGCUAAGCUUGCAGGGCAGCAAGUCCAGGACCUGAGGGAGAGGCUGCAGACUGCAGCCAAGCACUGUGACCUGCUACAACACGGCAAGCAACACUAUGAGGAGUUCCUGGAACAGCUGUCUGAGAUGAUGAAGGUCAACAGCCCUGCUGAAGGUCUUGGCUUUGAAAUAAGGCUAAAACUGGUUCUGUCACGCGCCGAACAACUCUUCAGACAAGAGGCAGGUGCUUUAAGAGAGCAGACGACUGACAUUCAACCUACAGCAAAAGGUACAAUCACAGAAAAACUUACUAGAUGGAAAAGAACUUCAGACCCAGCUUCUGAGGAGGAGAAGAGUAAAUAAUUUCUCUCCUCUGUGGAGGAAAACAAUGCUCUUCUAGAGACCAGGAAGCUGGAAAAAAAAAGAUUGAGCAUCUCCAAGGAGAACUGAGAGCCACGAAGCUCUCCAACUCACAGCUGUGAGCUCAUCAGCUCACCCACGCUGAUGAGCUCAAGGUAGAGGGGAGAAGAGUCUGGAUCCAAGGUCCCUCCAGGAACGCGUUCAGCUCAUAAUGUUUGUUGUGUUCAAAUAAAGUUAUGCAUGAAAAAUAGAAAAUAUUGCAGUACUUUUAAAAAAUGACUGAUGUUUCUAAGAAGUUAGAACUGGACUCCAAUGCUUCAUUUUUUUCAAAUGAAGUCAAAUGAUCCUUCACCACCACCAUCAUCUUCAUCAUCAUGUGACUAUGCUUCAUCAUGGUUUAACUCGACAGAAUUCCUCUCCAACAUCUUCUUAGUAAAUGAUAAAUGGCCUGUAUGUGUAUUGUUCCUUCUUAGGGUCCUAAAACCCCCCAAGGCGCUUCACGACAUAAUCAGUCACACACACACGUCCACACGCUAGUGGGGAUGAGCUACGAUGUAGCCAAAGGUGUCCUGGGGGGCACUGACCGAGGA